UUUCCUCCUCUCCUCCUGUUUCUUCUCCCCGCCCCGCCAGCCGGCAGCCCGGCUGUGCUGGGAAAGGGCGGGCGCCGGCGUCUGCUGGGGUGGGUGAGACCGAGAAGCAGUGCUAGAGUGAGCUCGACAGUGCCCUAGUAGGGUGCCGGAGCCGGAGCCUUAGUCGGAUCCUGAGCAAUCUCGGGGCAUCUGGGGAGGGAGAGAGAUCCAGGCACCUGGGAGAGGCGUGAAACCCUCCCAAUCCAGGCGCUUUCCAUGGCGUCUCAUCAGCAAACGAGGAUCCAAGCUUACCUGGAGAAGAACAAAAUAGGUCCCCUGUUUGAGGAAUUGAUGACCAAACUCAUAACAGAAACACCUGACCAGCCAAUCCCAUUUCUCAUUGACCAUCUUCAGUCUAAACAGGGGCCUCGCAGUCAACUUCAAAGAACUUUAUCUGGGUCUGCAGCUUUAUGGGCAGAAAGUGAAACAUCAGAACACAAAGGAACUAGGAGAGACUUCAGAAGUUAUGAUAAACCCUGGCAGGUAAAUGCAAAGAAACCAAAGAAGUCCAAGAGUGAUCUUGCUGUAUCUAAUAUUUCUCCACCAUCACCGGAAUCCAAAUCACUGCCAAGGUCAGUGGAGCAUCCUAAGUGGAACUGGCGGAUCAAACCAGAAAACCACGACUUUGAUGAAUUAAAUCACAUCCUUCAAGAGAGCAAGAAGCUGGGGAAAGCCCUUGAAAAUCUCUCUAGAAGCAUUGCUACUUCAGAUGAACUUGAUAAGAUCAUUUUACAGAUGAGAAAACUGAGGGAAACAGAAUUACGUGAGUUGUCCAGGAUAACAAAGCUAGAUACAAUGGCCUUUAACUCAACUCUUCUGAGGCCUCGAGUGAUUGGAGAAUGGGUUGGUCGAGAAGAAAAUGAUGCAGAUCCACUUGCUGCUGAAAUGUUGCAACCUCCAAUUCCCAGAAACAAAAAUGAGCCGUGGGGAAGUGAAGACAAUACCACUAGCCCUGCAGGAAGCUUAAAGAUGGAACCCAAGAGUAAAGGAUUAAAACAGCAGCAACAACAACAUAAGAAGCUUCUAGCUGCAAUGUUAUCCCAAGAUUCUUUUGAAUCCAUCCACAGUCCCACACCAUCUGUAACAGAAGAAGAUAUUGACAAUGAAGAUGAUGCAAUGGAAUUGCUGGAGGACCUAGAUGAUUUGAGAAUGGAAGGAGUAACUACUCUGAUGCCUUCUGGGAGCAAAUUUAACCCAACUCGAACAGCUCAUCUUCCUGAACCCCAGGCAAAGGUCACAUUGAACAUCUGCUCCAGAUGUGCCAGGUUGCAAGGUGACAAUCUGGCAGAAGGGACAGAAGAAGUUUUACAGUUACUUCAUUCACCUGAGGAAGCAGUCCCAGACUCUGUAGAAACAGAUUCUUUAUGUCCAACUGAAACAAUGGAGGACGAUGAAUUUGAAAGUGCUUCUCAAAUAAUAGGACCUUGCACCCCAGUCUGGGACCUGACUAACCUGACUACCAGGAGUGGGAAUUCCCCAAGUUUAAAAAUCUUGAAAGAUUCUUUAGCUGCAAAGGAACUGCAGAGCAUGGAGAAGCAUCUUGCUGAUAUUGAAAAGGACCUUGCAUUAUGGGAAGAAGGAAGACUUACAAAAAGUCCAAGCAGUUUUCAUAAUAUUUCAGUUGCAUCUGACCUUCAAGGAAAUCUUCAGUCAUCACCAAGCUUUAGUAUAAGACCUCCAGAACCCAGCGAAACAGGGAAAAUCAUUCAACUCAAGCUCCAGGGAAACAAAUCACCCCCUCUAGUUGACAGCCGAGUACAGGUCUCCAGUAUCUCAAAUAGUAGGCCCCAUCUUCUCAUAGCUCAGACAAACAGGCCUCAGACACUGACAGUUCCAGGAAGCAGGCCUGUAACUCCAAACAGCUUGUUGUCCCGACCUCUUACCCCUAGCAACCAAGGAAAGAAUGAAAGGAUUAUUAAUAUUCAAAGAAGCAAGUCUGUCCCAUCUAAGAGCCAAAUUGGAAGAGCUCUAGGCACUCCUUCUGGGCUAGUUGUUCCAAUAAGUGGAAACAAGCUAACAAGUACAACUCUGAGAAGCAGUUUAUCUGAAGGAGAAGCCUCCAGUAGGGGACUCUCACUGAAAAACUUCAUGGAAGAUGAGAAUUCUUUAAAGAAUUUGCAGCUUGUUCAUCAGCCAUGGAUUUUACCAAGUGACACAGAAAGUGAAGGACUUGAAGCAGAGCAAGAUAAAUGUGAGUAGAGAUUGUGAUUUGUUAACAAAGGACACAUUGCCUGAGGAAAUGUAUUUCUCAGGGCCAUAGAGCCCAACUGUAUAAAUUUGUACAUAUGCAGAUGCAUAAUAAAUGAAUAAUAUGCAUAUGUGCACUAGCACACAUACAAGUUCCCUCAAACAAUGAGCAAACUUGACUAGAGAACAAGAUAAGGCAGAUGAUAUUUGGACCCUAUAAAUCUUGAUUCCAUGAAGUUUUAGUUGUGGUUUCAGGUUCAUCCAUACCUAUGAAUUAGCUUUCUGGAAAAUGCACCAACCUCAAAAAUGGAAUUUUUCUACCUCCCCCACUAAUGCCUAUAAUGUAGUUGCAUGAAAAGUGAAUCUAUAAAAUCUGUAAUCUGUAAAAAUAUUUUAAUGGGGUAGUGAAGAUAAAUUAUGAUUAUUAAAGGAUCUUAAAAUACACAGUUCCCAGAUAUCAAAAGAAAAGUUAAAGACCAUGUCGGUCUGAUGACGAAGCCAAAGAAUUGACUGAGAUGGGCAUUAUUGUCCUGAGGUCACAAAAUAAAUACAUAUUGCCACCAGGAAAAGAGCCCAAGUCUCCUGAUUUUUUACCUAUUCAAACAAUAUCAUCAAGAAGUAGUUCUUACUCGAUUUUUUAAAAUGAUGAUUAUUCUAAACAGUAGUCCUGUUUUCGGUGAUGGCAUCAGAAAAUGCAUUGUUACAUAGAUGGGUUCAGUAGUCCUAGUUUACAAAACUGCAUAAAAAAUAGCCCUUAAAAUAAAGCAUCUAAAUUAAAGUCAGCAUCAAAAGCACCCUUCUGAAGAAUGAAAAUUAAACAUAAUAGUCUGAUUAUUUUAUUAAAGACAAUGAAAUUGGAAAUUCAUCUCUUUCCCCAGUCCUUAAAGCCAAAAAUCUCAGUUGCAUAACAUAAUGGAUAUGAUAAUAGCAAGAGGCAGCAUAGUAUAGUGGUUAGAAUGCCAGACUUGUAGUCAGGAAGACUAGGAAUAGAAUUUUGU